UUAGGAACGGCCCAUAUUGUAAUGUGGUGCAUGUGGUGGAUGUUGAUGUUGAACCUUCUUUAAUUCAGUGUCAUCCGUGAACCGCUCAAUAUGGCGAGCGCAAGCGUCUUCUCAAGUGGACAAACAUCUUGGCUGGAAUUUCCGGUAGAACCUUCUCAGGAACACCAAUUCUCGAAGCAGGAGACCAGCACCAGAGUGAGGUUAGAGUGCUAUACGAGAACCAGUGAUGGGGAGGAGCCAGGGACGAAGGUAAUCUCUUCGAUCCAGUUGAGAAGAUGGUUACCGGAAAUACUGGCCCAGCUGGGCGGAAUGCUGUGUCUUAUCGCUAUAUUCGUCCUUUUGUGGCGUGCUGACAACCGACCCUCCGAGGAGAUGUAUCUGGGCGUCACUCUAAACACCAUCCUAGCCUUCUUGACUUCCCUAGCCAAAGUGGCUUUUCUGGUGCCCAUCGCGGAGGGUUUGGCACAACUGAAAUGGAUUUGGUUUCUGUCUCCUGUCGGUCGGCCAGCUAAACACCGACCGCUACUUGAUUUCCAAGUGUUCGAUGAUGCGAUGAGGGGUGGAAUCGGCGGCGUGCGGCUGCUAGUCGGAUUCAAGGGGAUACUUGCUUCAUUUGGUGCCUUGAUUAUGCUUAGCGGGCUCUUCACAUCGACACUUACCCAGCAAGCCAUAACGUACGAUGUACGGAAAGCUCUGUCACUUCAGGCCAACGAUACCGCCGCCGUGGACAGAGCGACCACGUUUUCAACCUAUGAUGGAAACAUGUUGGCUCUGACACCGUACGACACUCUGCGAGAGCAGCGAGCCAUCUUCGAGGGGUUCUUUACCCCUUCCACCGAGAGAGUGACGGAACUGAGAGCUAAUUGCUCAUCCGGUGACUGCAUCUGGCCAGCCUACGGCAGUCUUGCCGUUUGUGGUGGUGUGGCAAACCUGUCAACAGUCAACAACCCUGCGCUCCACGACCGUCUCAGAAAGACAACUGAAAAGCGUCUUCAACUCCUUCUUCAGACCAGCAACAUCACAGCGGGCUCAGCCGGUUACGGGAACUUUUACACCGCCAUCGACAAGGUGUUUCCCGUCAUUAUUGGAUUGUUGGAUGAGCCCACCAGGGCAUUCAACCAAUCGGUAACUGAUUUGAUCGUCAGCGACAGUUUCAUUGCUUAUACAGAAGAGAUGGUUAGCACUUCCUCUGACGCUGACGCAUUGACUGAGAUGAUGUCAAAGGUCAAGUACUUGGAAUUGGCGUUCUGGUGGUGUACCAAAACAUAUGAGACAGAAGUCACCCAGGGUCAGUCUGUGACAAGAGAAGUUUCGACCUUAUCGCAGGUCACCAGUGAACUAAACAACACACUGAAUGUGGCAUGGGACCCCAAGUUCUAUCCUUGCUAUUCCACGGGCCAGUGUAACGACACUUAUGGGGGGGCCGAAUUCACCUUGGAAAGGCCACCGAAUGCGGAGGAUUCUGUCGACUUUACGAUAAAUGUUUGGACUUCAUUAACGGCGUCCAUGUUACUAGCGUCGACAAUGCUGGACUCGUUGCUGAUGGAUAGAACUCGAGGGGUGGUUGCUUCGAACGGUGGAGGGUCAGCUAAGGCAUUUGCCUUUUCUCUGCUGGGAGACUUCUUGACGACCGAGUUACCUCCUCCCGAAAAGCGACUCGCCGAUAUCCAGACUGUGAUGACCAAUGCGGCGCGCUCGAUGACAAACCUUGUGAGAGCGGGUACGACUCGACUGUCCAGGCCUGAAAGCGUUGUCCAGGGCAGUGUAUACGCCCCUCAGGCGUUUGUCAGAAUUCGAUGGGAGUGGAUGGGCAUGCUUACUACGCAACUGGUGUUGACAACCCUGUUUCUCAUUCUGACUGUCGCAGCGACGUACAUGUCGCGUGUGCAGGUGAUCAAGAGCUCAAGUCUGGCGACGCUUUGCGCACUGGAUGACGAGACGCGACAGGAUAUCGGAGGUAUCGGGGAUGGCGUGGACAAGUUGGAGCAAAAGGCGAAGAAAGUGUCAGUGCGACUCGAAAGGAGCAGACAUGGUGACAUCGAGGAUUCAGCAGGUAGACCUGGUCUUUGGCUGGGGACACCAAAGCAAGAGCGUUUUGAAUCAAGGACUUGAUGGUUGCUUUAAAACAGCAGAAGCGACCGAGCCAGCAGGUGUUGCCCCGCAGGACGGGCCCAACAGCAGCACCAUGCACCUGCCUUGCAGAAAGCAUAAUGCACAGCUCUCUGUACAGCCUUCCAAUCGAGCAUAACUAUUUAUCUGCUGUUGACGAUCAAAGAUUUUGUCGUGCGUUUCCG